AUGUCGCCCAACUUCCACGCCGCACCACGACACAAAGGACAAUGGAUCACAGCGCUUACUUCCACGCCACUCAACGGAUACAAAAGCGAGACCUUAACCGCCUGUUCCCGACCUCAUCACAUUGACAUGGUAAUCUCAAGAGCCACUCUACAGAGAUCAUCAACAGACGUCACGCAGCCAACCUACGACAUGUCUGGAAACAACGACACAGACAACACGCAUACCAUGUUGCCUACACCAGACGUGACGUCAGAGAAGCACAAACAGGCCAAUAAGAUUACUGACACGGAGGUGUUGGAUGACCUGUUUGACUACACAGAGCAAGAGCAGGAGGAAGAGCAAGAAUUGAAACCAAAGCAGGAAGGAGAGUUCGAUCAAGGGCAAAAGCAGGAGCAGACACAAGAGCCAGUCACUACACCACAAGCUUCUACUAAGAGUAACAUGCUGGAAGCGGUCAUGAUUGGCAAUGCGAUCCGCGGAUCUUUGUGCAGCACGGCCGUCAAGAGGAAGCACGACGACGUCGACGAAAUCGGCCUUACCCAUGACACCAGCGUCGAGAACAGCCUAGUACAACAAAAGCAAGACCCCGAAGCCAUCCGUGCAGAAGCCACUGCUAGCUCUCCACUGCCUUCACACCAACCCUCUUCGUCUCCUCAAGCAGCUUAUGGCAUGGCUGACACAGCCCCAAGGAGCCCAGCUCCACAGCCUCAACCCGAGCUACGCAAGAUGCCUGUCCCUCUGCCCAACAUGUCCAACGCGCCACCCAGCCUCAAGCCUAUGAAGAAGCCCCAGCCCAGGAAGAAGAAGCCCCGCGCUCCCCCCGCAAAGAAGCAGCCCAAAACCCAUACUCCAGCACCAGAGCCCGAGGACCAGUCCGCGCCCAACUCAGCGCUCUCAGACUCCGACCCUGCAAAGCUAUGGUGCACCUGCCGCCAGACCUACUCCGGUAAGCACAUGGUUGCCUGCGAUGCUGACCCGAAGUGCGAGAUCGGGUGGUUCCACUUCAGAUGUGCAGGGUUGGUGAAGAGUCCGGCGGCGAAGGAAUGGUAUUGUGCUGAGCAUCGGGGGCGGGCGAGGGGGGUGGCGAGGGCGAAGAGGAGGAAAACGGAUACUGAGGGUGCAAGGACGGGGAGGAGAAAGGCAAAGACCACGGAGAGGGCGAAGAGAGCGGGGAGGCUUGGAGGCCUGGAAGGAACGAUGCAGAGGGGUGCCCGGGAGAUGUAUCAGACCCAGGGUCGUAGACGGAAGCGUGGAUAG